ACCAGUUGAGGGAAGGAUGUUGCUAAUAGUCGUCGAUUCCCAUUCCAAAUGGAUUGAAGCUUGCAUCAUGCGAUCAACAACGGCAGAGGCGACGGUUCAAGGAGACUCCUGGGACCUCGGAACACCGGUGUGGGUCCGCAACUUCGGCCAAGGUGAAAGAUGGUCACCGGGGACCGUCCAGAACAAGCUCGGGUCAAGGAUGCUGGUCAUCGAGACUCCGGAGGGAACAGUCCGUCGUCACAUGGACCAGGUCCGCGGCAGACAAGGUCCGACUGAAAGUCUGGGUGGCGCUAAAGACGAUUCGGACAACGUCGGGCCGCCAGUGACACUAGGACAGCGGGACAGCCAGGGGCCACCGAGCGAGCAAGACGUGCCAGCCCCCGACGGCCAAGACCAACCAGCCUUACGACGCUCAACGCGGACACGGAAACCGAUCGAUCGUUUGCAAUAUUAAGAGAAGAAGAAAUGUUGCAUUGGUCUUUGUUUACAUCCUGUCUAUCCGCUGUUGUCAAGCCGAUAGCAGUUUCCCUGUUGACGUCACCAGUCGUAGCG